GCCAAGGUGUUAAUUUGCACUGAGGGGGCACAAGGAUCAGGGGUCAGAGUGAAAGAAUUUUUCAAACCCUUGUUUGGUUUUUUGCAUCACUAGAACUCCGUUCUGGACGUGAGCACAGUUAAAGGCAGGUCACUGAGGCAAAAACCAGCAGGUUCACUUUUAAUUCAACUUUAAAACCUGUUAUCAACCAAACGGAUGCUGUCUUUCUGCUCAAAGAUGAACUUCUGCUCUGCUGCGCUCUUAAUGCUGAUUUUAGCGCAAACGUUGCCCACUGAGGCGGGGAAAUGUCCCAGGCUGUGCAGCUGUGACGGCACUAAACUCACCGUCACCUGCAUUGGCAAGAACCUGACGGUGGUUCCCCCAACUGUAGAUGAGAUUACACUAAAGCUGGACCUGAGGAACAACAACCUGCAGAUGCUGCCAAGAGGAGCGUUUGUACUCACCCCCUACCUCACCCACCUCAACCUGCAGCGCUGUAAUAUCAUCAAGGUGAAAGAGGGAGCUUUCCGGACACUGAGCCGCGUCGUCUCCCUAAAUCUGGCCUACAACAAAAUUGACAUCCUCUAUCAGGAGUCCUUUGAUGGCCUCUCCUCCCUGAAGGAGCUGCACUUGGACCAUAACCGUAUAGAGGAGAUCCAGCCUGGUGCCUUCACACAGCUGGGCUCUCUCAACAUGCUGGCACUCACCCACAACCAGCUGGUUUACAUCCCCAAUAUGGCCUUCCAGGGCCUGCACAACAUCAAGUGGCUUCGUCUGAGCCACAACUCCCUGAACAACUUGGCUGCUGAGGCGUUCGCUGGCGUGUUCACUCUCAGCCGCCUCAGCCUGGACCACAAUGAGCUGCAGUUCUUCCCCACUCAGACCAUGACCAGACCCAGUGAGGUCACACGUCUAGACAUGAGCUACAACCCCAUGGCCUACCUCGGGGAAGAAUCUGUCUCCAUGGCAAAGCUAACACACCUCUACCUGGACCACAUGUCUCUUCAGGACCUGUCGGACCAGGCUUUGUCUGGCGCUCCUCUCCUCUCCCACUUGGACCUCAGCCACAAUCAGCUCCGUUACUUGGAGCCACUCAGGGGCCCCAAGGAGCUGGCCAGCCUGAAUCUGACUGGCAACCCUAUCUACUGUAGCUGCUACAUGAGGCCCCUGAAGCAGUGGGCAAGUGCUGGGCAUGUGAAGCUGCUGGGAGCCUGUGCUGGACCUCCUCACCUGUCGGACGAGCUGCUGCAAGCAGUGGCUCCUGUGAAUCUGCGCUGCCGCAGCAGAGGAGAAACACUGGUGGACGAGUUAGAGGAGGACAGUGAGAGCACAGGAGGCUCUGUUCCUACUGCCAAGCCCAAGCAGAAAGUCAAGUGUCCAGUUAACUGUGACUGUGAUAUUGAAGCCCAGCAUGCCACAUGUGAGGGGCAGGGUCACACUAAAGUCCCACGAGGCUUCCCCGCCAAGACGCAGCUCCUUGACCUCCGCAGCAACCAUUUCCACUACCUUCCUACCAACAGCUUCCCAGGCUCCAAUCAAGUGGUUUCCCUUCACCUAGAGCUCUGCAAAAUCCACGAAAUUGAAAGUGGCGCCUUCCGGGGGAUGAAACAGCUAUUUUAUUUGUAUCUUUCGGACAAUGACCUUACUUCAUUGGACCCUGGAGCCUUUGCUGGAACCCCCAACCUUACCUACCUUCAUCUUGAGGGGAAUCGGCUGACUCAGCUACCUGGGGGGUCAGCUCUGGCACCUCUGUCAAGUCUGUUUGUGUUACACCUGGAACGAAAUGCCUUGUCUAAACUAGAACCCGCUGGUUUGCUGUCAUCAGUAACCCCUAAACUGAGGGAACUGUACUUAACUAAUAACUCUCUGACUGCUAUUGCCAAUGGAGCUUUGGAGUCUGCUUACCUUGGUACUCUUCACCUGGAUUCAAAUCAACUGACAGAAGUGCCAACCCACGCACUGUCCAAUGUCCCUAAUCUGGAGGAGCUCAACCUGUCUCACAAUUCCAUUCGCUGGGUGGGACCGAAAGCAUUCCAGCCUGUAUCCCAGUGUCUGAAGAGGCUUUACAUGGAUCAUGUGGGCAUGGAGAAGAUGUCCAGAGACGCUCUGGCAGGUCUGGGUGCUGAGCUGAGAGCUCUCACCCUGAGAGGGAACCAGCUGGAGACACUUCCUGAGCUGAACCUCCUCACGGGCCUGGAGGUAGUCGACCUGCAGGACAACCCCCUGCAGUGUGACUGUGCUCUGCUGCCCCUACGCAGGUGGAUGGAGAAAGCGAGUUUGGAGGUAACUGCCACGUGUGGUCUCCCUCCUGACCUCAAGGGCCAGAAGGUCUGGGAAGUCCAGAUCUUUGCGUCAUGUCCAGAGAGCAGCACUCAUCCACAGCAGGAGGUCAUUGUGGACCUCAAACCUACAAAAGUGAAGAUCCACAAAACCAUUCUCUCAAAGGCUGUGGUGGGAGCCAAAGCUAAACCUGCAAAGUCCAAAACUAAACCACACAACCCGACCAAGAAACAAGCUCGGAGGAAAACUGUGGCUAAAAAGGUGGCAAAAAACAAGAAGGCACCAUGAAAAGUGAAUAUUAUAAAAUAAUUGAUAUUGUUAAACUUGGUCAUAAUGUUGCUGAUUACUGUUUGUUAUUACUUUUG